AUGGCAUUUCCACCUUUUACGCUUGGAGGAAGCCUUCAUAACAAAGAAGAAUUCUCGGGGAGAUAUUUUCACUUUUUGAAUGUCAUCAAUCCGGCUUCGUUGAUAAAAUCCGAGGCGGAUAUUCGAGCGGCGGAAGGAUUGCUAAUGAGGAGUAGGAAUGAAGCAAGAGGAGGUGUCGUCAAAGGGUAUACGAACAAAGAAAUGUGGGAAGCACAGACGCUGGUGCAAAGCGCAGUCCAUCCAGAUACAGGCGAAAUUAUCCCUCGACCGUUUCGAAUGUCUGGUUAUGUUCCCUUCAAUUUGCCGAUUCUAGUGGGACUUCUUGUACCACAAGGGACUGCAGCAACAGCUUUCUGGCAAUGGGCGAAUCAAACGCAUAAUGCGCUGAUCAACUACUCCAACAGAAAUGCCAAGACGCCAGUAACGACUUUCCAGCAAAUCUCCGGCUACUCCCUCGCCGUUGGAACUGCCCUAUCCGUCUCCUUCGGCUGCGCAGCUUAUUUGAAGAAGAAUAUGGCGAAGAUGAACCCGAAAGUCGCUGGUGCGGCGAGCGCGCUCCUUCCAUUCGGAGCCGUCGCCGUUGCGAAUGUGGCGAACACAGCGGCAAUGAGAAACGGGGAAAUUAGCACUGGCAUCGAAGUUUACAACCCAGACACUGGCGAAGUCUACGGAACAUCAAAAGAAGCAGCGAAAAAGGCGAUCGCUUUGACUUGUUUUUCGAGAGUGGUGAUUGCUGGCGGCUGUCUUGCUAUUCCUCCUAUCAUGACUUCUGCAGCCGUUCAAAUGAAGCUAAUCGACCAAGUGAAGAGGCCAAAGCAAUUCGUCCUGGCCCAGUUUGCGUUUUGUGCAAUUUGCUUUUUCUCCUGUCUCCCUGGUGCUAUCGCAUUAUUUCCACAGUACAGGACGAUGCCAACUUCUGAGCUAGAGCCAGAACUAGCGGCAAAGAUCAAAGCAGCUACUGUAACCUACAAUAAAGGCUUACAAGUUCCAAAUCAGAGUUCUGGAAGAGGAAAUGCUCGUCAGGAAGCUGGGCAAUCUGGAAUUAAGGACAGAUUUCUUUCCAAGUUUAAUUAUGGACAAUCCAAGCAAUUUGACUCGUUCUUUGACAGGGACAUUCGACCUUCACCGCUUUAUUCAAAGGUUGAACCGACGCUUCUCCGUGCCAUCGCCAAAGAAUCCUUUACCGAAGGCGCGAUGUCGUCCGGCGGCCGCUCUGGAAAAGCGAAUACAGUCGCCCUGACCGCGAUUUGGCUUCUCUUCUUUGGCGCUAUGUUCUAUUUCGUUUCCGAUGCGACAAAGCGAAUCUCCAAAAGCGCAAAAGAAAGCGGCCUCUUUGGCGAAACGGAAGAAGAAGAAUAUCUCGUCGAGAGUUCCGACAAGAACUUUUCCGAUGUUCGAGGAAUGGACGAGAUUCUCGAGGAAUUCGAGCAGGCUGUUGAUUUGCUAACGAAUGGCGAGAAAUAUGCGAAAAUCGGAGCGAAGGUUCCAAGAGGUAUUUUGCUCAAUGGACCGCCGGGAACUGGUAAAACGCUCAUUGCAAAAGCCAUCGCUGGAGAAGCUGGUGUUCCGUUUUUGUACGCUUCUGGCUCGCAGUUCGAUGAAAUGUAUGUUGGUGUCGGCGCCAAACGAAUUCGAAAACUCUUUGAACAAGCGCGAAACAACGCUCCUUGUAUCAUUUUCAUCGACGAAAUCGACGCUGUUGGUGGCAAAAGAAAGUCGGGCGGCCAAAGUUCUGACUACUCAAGAAUGACGAUCAACCAAUUGCUUCAGGAAAUGGAUGGAUUCAAGGGAAAUGAUGGCGUUUUAGUUGUUGCGGCUACAAAUCUCAAAGAUGUUCUUGAUCCUGCCUUGCUUCGACCUGGAAGAUUUGACUUGUCAGUAGAUGUGCCAACUCCGAAUAAAAAAGGACGGAAGGAGAUUCUUGAGCACUACUUUGGAAAAGUCAAGCACAAUUCCGCCACGAUUUCGCUCGAGAAAAUCGCUUCAAUCACCAGUGGAAUGACUGGAGCCCAACUUGAAAAUAUCGUCAAUCAAGCGGCGAUUCGGGCUGUCCGACAACGCCACGAUAUUGUAGAUCUGGGUCACUUGGAAUACGCGUUCGACAAGAUCACCAUGGGUCCGGAACUGAAGUCAAUGGACCAAAACGCUGAGGGCAUGCGUAAAACUGCCAUUCACGAAGGCGGCCACUGUCUUCUCGCGCACAUUCUUUUCAACAAGGGAGAAGCGGAAGUAAAACCGAGAAAGGCGACAAUCACGAGAAGAGGAUCAGCGCUUGGACAUGUGAGUUUCCAAAUGAAUGAAGAUGCUAAUGAAGAGUCGGAGAGUUUGUUGCACUUGAGAGCGCAUUUGUCUUUUGGGGAAGAUAAAGUCUGUACUGGUGCUAUUUCUGAUAUGCAGCAAGCUCUUCAAAUCGCUAGAAAAAUCGUUUGCCAUGCUUCCGGAAGCCCAGAUCAAAUCAAAGGCCGCCUGAUCGACGCAAACGGAGACUAUACCUCUGAAAAGAAGAAGGAGCUUGUAGAUAAGCUCGUCGACGUAGAAAUUGAUAACGCCUACAAAAGAGCGGUUUCAUUGCUCAACGAGCAUUCCUACACUCACAAAGUUCUUAUCGACGCAUUGUUGAAGUUCAAAACAUUAGAUUCUGAUGAAAUCGAUUUGGUGAUGAAAGGCAAGGGGCUAUCGGCAAUCGAAAGAAGUAGAAAAGACCUGGAAGAAAAACGUACAGAAAAUUCAGUCUUCAAAGUUCCGGACUCAUAA